CUUGAGUAACUAAUUCACUGUGUUUCUGUGAGAUUUCAUGGCUCUUACCCAUACAUCUAGUGCUCACAGCCUCUUAUCCUAUUUUGCUGUAUUUUUGGCAGUGUAUCUGAAUAGUGCACUUGUUCAUGGAAGGGCAAAAGAGACCAACUCAUACCAGCUUGUUGAUGUAGACUCACUGCUGCCAAAACCAUACUGCACGACAAAUAACCAAGAUCCUACGGUUGGAUCUUCAAAGUUGAAAGUCACAUAUAAAUAUGGACCCUGUGCACCAAUUGGCCAUGCAAAGGAAAUUCCGAGCUCUGAGCAAGUUCUACUUCAUGACGAAGCUAGAAUCAAGUUUAUGAAUGACAGAAUAUCCAACCUGUAUCCGACAGAAGAAUCCAAUUCACCACUUCCUAUUUCAACUGACUCCAAAGAAGCCGGCAUUUACACUGUAACCAUUAAAAUGGGCACACCUCAACAAGAUUAUUCGGUGAGCAUUGACACCGGCAGUGACAUCACUUGGUUACAAUGCCAACCAUGUUCCAAAGGCUGCUAUUCUAAUCCUAAACUCCGCUUUGAUCCCUCCAAGUCCUCUACUUAUGUAAAUGGUUCAUGCAAAUCCAACUCUGGAAAGGAAUAUAACAUCUACUACAACGACAAAUCGUACUCUAGAGGACAAUGGGGAUGUGAUACCCUCACACUUGAACCCUCUGAUGUGACCCCUAACUUCGAAUUUGGUUGCGGCCAAUAUAACAGUGAUGAAUUUGGCAGUGCGGUUGAGGUUGGAAUGCUUGGCCUUGGAAGAGGACCCACUUCACUGUUAUCUCAAACUGCUUCACAGUAUGGGAAGACCUUUGUUUAUUGUUUCCCUGGUCCUAUAAGCUCAACAGGGUAUCUUUUAUUUGGUGACAAAGCCAAAUCGUCCUACUCCGCAUUCAAAUUCACGCCGCUACUAAAAGGCACCGACAGUUCUCUUUACUUCCUCGAACUCGUUGCCAUAAGCGUUGGCGGAAUGAAAUUGAAAAUUUCCCCUUCUGUAUUUAGGUCACAGGGAACUAUAAUAGACUCUGGAACUGUCAUUACUCGAUUGCCUGCACCGGCUUAUUCAGCACUGAAGUCUGCUUUUAAGAAAUCGAUGUCCAAGUAUCCUUCUGCUCUAGCGACUGACCUGUUGGAUACAUGCUAUAACCUUGAAAGAUAUAAGAAGGUGAACCUACCAAAGAUUGUGUUUCAUUUUGGAGGCAGAGUUGAUGUAACGUUACAUCCAUCAGGAACUGUAUGGACGCAGAGCAAAAAACAAGUGUGCUUAGGUUUUGCUCCCACAAAUGAGUUGACCAUCAUUGGGAAUAAUCAGCAACACGCGCUAGAGGUACUUUAUGAUACAGAAGGUGGGAGGAUAGGAUUUGCCAAUACAGGCCGUUGCGGCACUUAAUAUUAAUGUCAAUCCCUACAGGCACGACACUUUCCAGAGAAUUUGCGUUCAUGUUCUAUAUGCAUAUCCCAUUAGCAAUAAGCUCUGGAUAUUUAUUUUCUUAGUCAUACUGUUUGUCUAUUUCAUGUAUGCUUUGAAACCACGACUGUAAAUCUAUUAUCAAAUAUAUGACAA